AUGGCUCCUAAACCCGACACCCCGUUCCGCUCUGCGGACAUGAGCAUGGUCCAGCUCUAUGUUUCCAAUGAAAUCGGCCGCGAAGUUGUUACUGCGCUCGGAGAGCUUGGCCUCUGCCAGUUCCGCGAUCUCAACGAAGAUGUCAGCGCUUUUCAACGUACUUUUACCCAGGAGAUUCGACGUCUCGACAAUGUCGAGCGACAGCUGCGAUACUUUUACGGUCAGAUGGACAAGAUUGGAAUCCCGCUCAGGAAGCUGGACCUCGACGUCGAAAGACUUGCCUCUCCAUCGACUUCCGAAAUCGACGAGCUUGCCGAGCGAAGCCAGAAGUUGGAGCAGCGUGUUUCCGCCCUUAACGAGAGUUACGAGACUUUGAAGAAGCGCGAGGGCGACUUGACCGAGUGGCGAUGGGUUCUCCGCGAGGCUGGCAGCUUCUUUGAUCGCGCUCACGGUAAUGUUGAAGAGAUUCGCGCUUCUACUGAUAACGACGAUGCUCCUCUGCUGUCCGACAUCGAGCACAACCAGAGCGGUGCUGACGCCGAGCGCUCCUUCUCCGGCAUGAACAUUGGCUUUGUAGCUGGAGUCAUUGCCAGAGACAGAGUCGCUUCCUUUGAGCGCAUUCUCUGGCGAACACUGCGUGGUAACCUUUACAUGAAUCAGUCUGAGAUUCCCGAGCCCUUGAUUGAUCCCACCAACAACGAGGCGAUCAACAAGAACGUUUUCGUCAUCUUCGCCCACGGCAAGGAGAUUCUCAACAAGAUCCGCAAAAUCUCGGAGUCGAUGGGUGCUGAUGUUUACAACGUCGACGAGAACAGCGAUCUCCGACGUGAUCAGAUUCAUGAGGUUAACAACCGCCUCGAGGAUGUCCAGAAUGUCCUCCAGAACACCCAAGCUACUCUUCAGGCAGAGCUCAACCAGAUCUCCCAGUCGCUCUCAGCCUGGAUGGUCCUUAUCGCCAAGGAGAAGGCUGUUUAUAAUACACUCAAUAACUUCUCCUAUGAUAGUGCUCGACGAACUCUUAUUGCCGAGGCCUGGGUUCCUACCAAUGAUCUUCCCCUGAUCAGGACAACACUCCAGGACGUGACUAACAGAGCUGGCCUCUCAGUUCCCUCAAUCAUCAAUAAGAUCCAAACCAGCAAGACGCCGCCAACUUACCUGAAGACCAACAAGUUUACCGAGGGUUUCCAGACCAUUGUCAACGCGUAUGGUACCGCUACUUACCAGGAGGUCAACCCGGCCAUGCCCGUUUUUGUUACCUUCCCUUUCUUGUUCGCUGUCAUGUUUGGUGAUCUCGGCCAUGCCCUCAUCAUGCUUUCAGCCGCUCUUGCUAUGAUUUAUUGGGAGAAGUCGCUCAAGAAGGUCAGCUUCGAGCUUUUCGCCAUGAUCUUCUAUGGUCGUUACAUUGCUCUGGUCAUGGCUGUUUUCUCUGUCUUUACUGGUCUUAUCUACAACGAUGUCUUCUCCCUGUCCAUGACCCUUUUCGACAGCGCCUGGGAAUUCAAGAAGCCCGAGGGUUACACCAAUAACACUGCUAUCGUUGCUACUUUGAACGACGAUGGUUACCGCUACCCCUUCGGUCUGGACUAUGCCUGGCAUGGUAGUGAGAACGACCUCCUCUUUAGCAACAGUUUGAAGAUGAAGAUGAGUAUCAUUCUGGGUUGGGCUCACAUGACCUACUCUCUUUGCUUCGCUUACAUCAACGCUCGCCACUUCAAGAAGCCUAUUGAUAUUUGGGGCAACUUCAUCCCUGGUAUGAUCUUCUUCCAGUCUAUCUUCGGUUACCUUGUUCUCUGCAUUAUCUACAAGUGGUCCGUCGAUUGGAUAGGUACUGAUCGCCAGCCCCCUGGUCUGUUGAACAUGCUGAUCUACAUGUUCCUCCAACCUGGAACUAUCCCCGAUGGUGAGGAGCUCUACAAGGGACAAGAUUAUGUGCAAGUUUUCCUCUUGCUUCUGGCUGUCGUCCAAGUUCCUAUCCUCCUCUUCCUUAAGCCUUUCUACCUCCGCUGGGAGAAUAACCGCGCACGCGCCAAGGGAUACCGUAGUAUAGGUGAAACUUCCCGAGUUAGCGCUUUGGACGGUGAUGACGACGAACCCAACGGCCAUGGUAACAGCAUCGACGAAGAUGGCGAGGGAGUUGCUAUGAUCUCUCAAAAUAUUGAUGAGGAGCAUGAGGAAUUUGAAUUUAGUGAAGUCAUGAUUCACCAGGUCAUUCACACUAUUGAAUUUUGCCUGAACUGUGUUUCCCACACUGCUUCUUAUCUUCGACUUUGGGCUCUGUCACUUGCUCAUCAGCAGCUGAGCAUUGUGCUCUGGAACAUGACUCUCGGUCCCAUGCUGCAGAUGCAAGGUGUCAUUGGUGUCAUCGCGAUCGUUAUCGGCUUUGGUGGCUGGUUCUUCUUAUCUAUUGCCAUUCUUGUGUGUAUGGAAGGUACUAGUGCCAUGUUGCACUCACUGCGUCUGGCUUGGGUCGAGUCGUUCUCCAAGUUUGCCGAGUUUGCGGGUUGGCCUUUUGUGCCUUUCUCGUUCAACACACUGCUGGAAGAGUCGGAAGAGCUCAAGGAUUACUUGGGUUAA